AUGUGGCUGAGGAUCUUCAUUUUUACCGUUCUUUUCAAUGCAGUAAAUGCAGGCAUCGAUCAAACGUAUGAACUGGGCACAUUUCUCCGUCAACGCUACGUCGAAGGGAGCCAGUUGUUUGGACCAAACUUUGACAAAAGCAAGGUAUUCAUCCAAGCAUCGGACAGUGAGCGAGCCCUUGAAUCAGCUCAAUCCGUUGCCACCGCUCUUUUCCCACCGAUUGGAAAUAGAGUAUGGAACUCGAAUCUUCUUGGCAACCAGUUCCCAUCCAUUCGAAUGGAAUUGAUCGCCAGGAUACGCUUC